CUCACCAUCCCCCCAGGCUUGCUCAAACUUUCUGGACCAGCCUCCAUCCUACUGUGAGUGUGUGAGUGUGUGUGUGUGUGAAUGCCACAGAUAUUCACUAACCAGUUUGUGAGGCCAGAGAGAGAGAGAGACAGAGAGACCAGUACUAAGGAGAAGGCAGGAGAGUGAAGAGCAUGCUGCUAUACAGGAGCCACAACUGAGACUGAGACAUCGGCCCCCACAAGCCUCUAACAAGCACCAGCAGAAGAAGCAAACAACGUUGAGACGCACAGGCUGUCURCACACAUAGCUACAGGUGCAACAGUGACACAGCCGUCAGCUGCAGAGGAGCAGAAGAAGAGAAGAGUAACCAAGAGACUGACCAUGGGGCCCAGAGCUUUAUGCCUGUUUGUCCUGCUUGGGCUGUCUGUCUGGGGCAGCAGUGAGGGCCUCAGAUCCCCCAUCCUGACCCGGAGACGAAGGGCCCCAGAGGACACAGGAGAACCACCCAAAAAGUGCUCGUACACCUUCCUGGUCCCUGAGCAGAAGAUCACAGGGCCCAUCUGCGCCAGCCGGGGCCUACACACGGACAAGGAUCGCGUGACCCGCCUAGACGUGGCGGCAGUGAGGGACCUGCUCUCCAAACAGAGACGGGAGAUGGACAACCUGAAGCUGGUGGUAGAUGUGGACGGGGACAUGGUAAACGAGAUGAAGCUGCUGAGGAAGGAGAGCAGGAACAUGAACUCCAGGGUGACCCAGCUUUACAUGCAGCUGCUUCAUGAGAUCAUCAGGAAGAGAGACAACUCUCUGGAGCUGGCUCAGCUGGAGGGACGCAUUCUCAACGCCACAGCAGAGUCCCUACGUCUGGCAGCCCGCUACCGAGACCUGGAGGUCCGCUACGCCACGCUCUCCGCCAUGGUCAACAACCAGUCGGUUCUGAUUGGUGCCCUGGAGGAGCGCUGUCUACAGGUGUACGGCCGGCGGCAGGAGCAGCCUCCUCAGGGCCCACCGCUGGUACAGGUAGUGCCGGAGAACAUACCGGUUAGCAUCCCAAGGUUCACCAACGAGAUCCAGAGGGACCAUAGCCGGGCGUUCCCCAGAGACAGGGGCUCCCGAGUGGGGCCGGCACCCACAGGAGGCACCCUGGAGCUCCGGACGGCUCCGCAGGGCAACUUCAGCGCAGAGGGUCCUUUCAGGGACUGUCUUCAGGCGCAGGAGGCUGGCCAUAGCACCAGCGGUAUGUACCUGCUGAAACCUGACGAGGCAGAGAGGCCCAUGCAGGUGUGGUGUGAGCAGGGCCUGGACAAUGGAGGCUGGACUGUCAUCCAGAGCAGGAGGGAUGGCUCCGUCAACUUCUUCAGGAACUGGGACGCCUACAAGAAUGGAUUUGGCAACAUAGACGGUGAGUACUGGCUGGGGUUGCUUGGGAUCUACAACUUAGGGAAGCAGUCUGACUACAGACUUCUAGUGGAGCUGGAGGACUGGGUGGGGAAGAAGGUGUAUGCUGAGUACAGCAGCUUUCACCUGGAGCCUGAGAGCGAGGGCUACCGCCUGAGGCUGGGCACCUAUCAGGGAAACGCUGGUGACUCACUCAGCAGCCACAACGGCAAGCAGUUCACCACACUGGACCAAGACAAGGACGCCUUCUCAGGUAACUGUGCACACUUCCAUAAGGGAGGCUGGUGGUACAACUCCUGUGGCCAGGCCAAUCUGAACGGUGUUUGGUACUCCGGUGGGGUCUACCGCAGCAAGUUUCAGGACGGAAUCUUCUGGGCGGACUACGGCGGAGGAUUCUACUCUAUGAAGGGAGUCCGCAUGAUGGUCAGACCCAUAGACUGAGACUAGAGAGGGAGAACCAUGACCAUCCUAACCCUCAACCAACACAUGUACAGUACUGCCUAUCUCAAACCCACUCACAGACAUUGACUACAAACAUUGUGUGACCUCAUUGUGUGAGGUGGCAUAGUAUUUCACAUGUGAAGCUAAUUUGCAGGCAGACGACAGGUUUAUCCUGCAGGCCUAGAGACCCUCAGCACUUCCUUUAGAAACUACUAAUAUCCAGGCAUCACUGGUAGCACUAGAAUUAGAGCAAGGAGUACCAGACAUAUCAGUUACAAUGGAGAAGAAAUCAAAACAACUGACCUAUGGUAUGGCAUUGAUACUGUAUAUCCAUUCUAGAGGUAAAAUGUUGCCUAUUUUAGAGGUGUGUAAAUAUCUUUAGUUGUAAUAACGUCUUAAGAAAGCAUUCAAUCUACUUUGUUCCAACUUCUCCAUCUUCUGAUGCUUUUAUGAUUUAUGUACCGUAAGAUAUUUUUUAUAUGUUUGAAAUAAACCAGGCGCCAAGGUGAAGCUGUAACUCAUCCAACAGAAAACAUUGGGUUUUCUAUUCACUAUAUUUGUGCAUCAUGCAUCAUGUAUUGCGCUUUCACAGCUGACUUAUGUACUCCAGGCUGUGUGGAUGUUUUUCUAAUUUUACUGUUGAUCAAAACAAGUAUUAAUGGAAAAAAAGAAAAGUAAUUAUGGUUUAUUUUGUGUGGUUUUGGAGACUUAAAAAAUGCAGACGAAGCAGAGAGUUAGUGAGAGGCAUUGGAACAGCCAGCGAGAAACGCAUUGCUGAAAGCCAUACAGGACAGAGAGAAGGGAAGAAGAGAA